GCAAGUGCAAGCCAAUCAUACAUGGGGACAAUUUGGAGGCCACCGUAACGGCAGAGGAGGAAAUUUAUCCCAGACACCGGGAUAACUCCCUUCUCAUAUCGAGAAAUGCCCGGGGAUCUUUACUGACCACUGAGAGUUUAACAUCUCAUCCGAAAGACAGCACCCACUACAGUACAGUCAUUAUCCCUCCCACACGUCAGUUAAGAAUUUCCAUAUCUUGAAAGGCAGCUGUGCUUGCACAUAACAUCUGCAUAAGUGAGAGAAGAGGAGUGUGCUUCUUGAUUUAAUUUUCUUUGGAAGGUGCUCCUGUCAAAGGGCGUGAUCACAGCAUUACAGGGACAGGUGCUGCAUGCCUCCAGUCACAGUCAGUAGAACUCCCAUCACAGCAGGACUCGGGGGUGCUGUCUGCUUUGGGCUGGCCUGCUGAUGGGACUUUGAUAUCCCCCCUAAGAGUGAGUCAUCUUUACUAGGCAGCUCUCUCCAUGACAACAGCCAGUAAUGAGUGGACCAUAAAAACAGCUUUCUCUUCUCAUUCCCAUCCCUGACUCAACAUGGGAUCUUGAGGUAAUAAAAAGCAGGGAGAGAGGGAAACAGAGGGAGAGCAAAAAGACAGCAGGACAGAGUCACAGUCUUUCACUCUGAAGGAACGGGAUCUUCUGUGCUGUUAAAAAGCGAAGGAAGUGAAAAGGUCCAGGGCUGAGCUGUUAUGAUUUAAAGUGCAGCCCAGAAGAGGAGACCUGGCAGGGAGACCUGGACAUAGAAGCACAUGGACGUCUCUGAAAAACUGACCACUUCUUGUCAACAGACCAUGGGAUUCAGGGACUGCCAUGUGUUUGCAGGACUAAGAAUUGAAGAGUGAAAAUUCUUGGUUUAUACAAAGAAAGGUAGCAGUUGUGCUGGUUGAUUAGCACUAUAUACAAACAAUGGCAUGGAUAUAUAUAAUGUAGCUCUACUGCAUAAGUAUGACAGAUGUUACAAACUACUACAAUAUACAUCUUGUAAAUACAAUACACAAAUAAAUAAAAUACACAUACUACAACACUGACCAAGCUAAAACUAUAUAAAAACACAAGAUGGGGAAAGAGAAAAUCAGAAUCUGAGCAACUUGAUCUCCUCAAGGGUAGCUGAUGGACAGCUGAUUAACAGUACAUUUCCUUCAGUCUUGAAGAUGUGAGAAACCAGGAGAUGGACAGAAAAUGUCAUCGGAAGUACGCCAAUCCUUUGUGGCACGCCAACAUGUCAGAGAACUUCACGAAGACAAAGAAGAGGAGGAAGGGGAAGAAGAGUCAGACGACUGGUGUUCCUGUCUCAUGCCGUGCCCCCUCUGCCCAUCCUGCGGGCAACCUUUUGACCUCCCGCUGCUCCUGCCCUGUUCUCACAGCCUGUGUCGGGGCUGCGUGUUCAGAGCCGGCCACGCUGCGGUUGGCAUCUCCCCCACAGCCCUCUGGAGCUGCGCACUGCUGUGCCCAGGCUGCCACUUCCCCGUGGAGCUGCCCAGUUUGGGUUGGGCUGGCGCUGCUGACUGCCUGCCUGUAAACCCUGCCCUGCAGGGCACAGGGCCACUGGCACAGGGGUGGCUUAGGGGAGGGGGUGCGGGCCAUGGCAGGAAGCAGAGGCCGUUCGUCUGGGAGAGGAGCCGGGUACGGACGGGCCCUGCAGGCUUGCUGGAGGACGAGAGCGGUGUCGCUGUGGAAGACUCCAGCUCGGGUCAUCAGCAACAGCAGAGAGAGCUAGGAGGGCUAGCACAGGCACAGGAGAAGACCGUGCUUCUGAAAACAGAGACAGGAGAGCAAGAGCCCACGACACUACAGGUUGUCUUGGCAUGCGCAGGGGAAUCUGCGACUGAGAAAUGGGAGGCGCUGUGCGGUUAUCCAAAGGUGCCACCAGGGGGCUGUGUAGCGCUGCUGGAGGAGGACAUGGAGAAAUCAGUGAGAGGUCUGGAGUUCACUCUGGACCCCCAGACUGCACCCCCGCCUCUCAGGGUCUCACCUUCGGGCCUGACGGUGACGUUCCUGCAGACCCCAGCGGACCCCCGUUACUAUGACAGCCAGAUAGCGCUGUCUGUGGUGUCGUUGAGGAGUGGAAGAGAGGAGCUCCAUCCUCUCCCAAGGGUCUCUGCGGGGCAGUGCAUUGCCAGAGGCCAGUUCUACUGGGAGGUGGAUGUGUGCAACAGCACCUCCUACAGGAUAGGAGUGUGCUCAGCGGAUGGAACUCGCGGCUGGUGGCUGGAGAGGCAGGGCUCCUUAUUCUCUCUGCUGUAUGACGGGUUCCAGGAGCAGCUACGCUCCAUCCCGCCCCACGUGAAGACAGUGGGGGUGUUCCUGAACCUAGGAGGGGGGGCUCUGAGUUUCCAGAACGUGCUGGUGCAGGAGCACCUGGCCACCCUGCCCACGCGGUUCGGGGGGCCGGUGCGUCCCGCGCUGUGCCUGGGCCAGGGCAGGCUGAGGCUGCACUGCGGGCUCCCGCCGCCCCCCCACGUCUUUGCCAACUGCCUCUCUGCCUACCGGGGCCCCCGCGGAGCCGGGGCAGGGCGCUGGCGUCGGGACGUCCCCUUCCAGUCCGUGCGCUCCGUCAUCCAGAAGUUUGAGGAGCUCUCCGUGUCCGACUCCGACUCGGGGCUGGUUUCUAACUUCGGCUCCUGCUCCACCCUCAGCUCGUUCUCCGGCGGCUGCCCUCCUGGAAGCCGAGACUGAGCCGUGGAGAAGCCAGUUCACCCUGACAGCCCCACACUCCCUCAAGAACAGCCCUCUCAAUUCGCAGUGGAACACGGAAGGAAACAGAGGCUGGCUUUUCUCAGGCGGAGACAUCACAGGACACUCAGCUGAGGGGUUAGCGAAAUGCAAAGAUGAAAUUCCAGCCUCAUGUGAAUGAUUCUUUAAUAUAAAAAAUACAAGUGUUUGUAAGUCACCAUCUUCGUUUAUGCUUAAGGCUGUGGAGAAUAUGAAGUGGCAUCUUCCUGUCUUAAGACUAUUAAUUCUAGUGUAGAAUGUCAGAGGGAGGAGAAAUUGUGCUGUGACAGGUCUGGCUGGAAUAAGUGUGUGGUUGGAAGACAAAUGGAAGACAGUGGAAUUCCAAGAAAUUCCAAGAUUCCAAGAAAGUGGAAUUGCUCGACUCCACAGGUGCGACGGACCCUUUUGUAGAAUAAAAUAACUUAAA